AUGAGGCACCAGUUAACCACAGCUUUUUUUCUGGCUGUCUGUGCCGUAGUUUGCGUGUAUUCGCAAAGAUCUCGCAGUCAAUCAGCAGUCAUUGCUGAUUUGGGAAAACUUAUCGUGGAUAACUGUCCACCUAUGCUUUGUACGGGAUUGGACUGUGCUGUAGUCACAGAAAGAAAUGGCUGUCAGUUAUGUGCCUGUCCAAUUGGAUCUCCAGCUAGAGGCUGCGACCCUAUGCCAUUCAUUUUGUGGCACGAUCUCAUCGUCAAUGGAUGCCCUAAUGUUACUCUAAACAGCCGUGAUCCAGCUCAGAAAGUUCAUCGGUGGUUCCGAAGGGUGAACAGAUUCUCGAACACUGAUCAAUGCGAACCAUACAUCUUCCCAUACUGUCCAGAAUUAGAUUUCAACCUUUGGAGAUCUCCCCGCACCAAGCAGGAAUGUGAGUUAUACUGCUAUUCAAUUGAAGAACAAAGAAAGAGAGGAAUCAUCUAA